AUGGCAGGCCUGGGCCCCGGCGGAGGCGAUUCAGAGGGCGGGCCCCGGCCCCUCUUUUGCAGAAAGGGGGCUCUGAGGCAGAAGGUGGUCCACGAAGUCAAGAGCCACAAGUUCACCGCUCGCUUCUUCAAGCAGCCAACCUUCUGCAGCCACUGCACCGACUUCAUCUGGGGAAUCGGAAAACAGGGUCUGCAAUGUCAAGUCUGCAGCUUUGUGGUUCAUCGGCGAUGCCACGAAUUUGUGACCUUCGAGUGUCCAGGCGCUGGGAAGGGCCCCCAGACGGACGACCCCCGGAACAAGCACAAGUUCCGUCUGCACAGCUACAGCAGCCCCACCUUCUGCGACCACUGCGGGUCCCUCCUGUACGGGCUGGUGCACCAGGGCAUGAAAUGCUCCUGUUGCGAGAUGAAUGUGCAUCGGCGCUGUGUGCGCAGCGUGCCCUCUCUGUGCGGUGUGGACCACACCGAGCGCCGCGGGCGCCUGCAGCUGGAAAUCCGGGCUCCGACUGCAGAUGAGAUUCACAUCACGGUCGGUGAGGCCCGUAACCUCAUCCCAAUGGACCCCAAUGGUCUGUCGGACCCCUACGUGAAACUGAAGCUCAUCCCAGACCCUCGGAACUUGACGAAACAGAAGACCCGGACAGUGAAAGCCACGCUGAACCCUGUGUGGAACGAGACCUUUGUGUUCAACCUGAAGCCUGGAGACGUGGAGCGCAGGCUCAGCGUGGAGGUGUGGGACUGGGACCGGACCUCCCGCAACGACUUCAUGGGCGCCAUGUCCUUUGGGGUGUCAGAGCUGCUCAAGGCGCCGGUGGACGGCUGGUACAAGUUGCUGAACCAGGAGGAGGGUGAAUAUUACAAUGUGCCGGUGGCUGAUGCUGACAACUGCAACCUCCUCCAGAAGUUUGAGGCCUGUAACUACCCCCUGGAACUGUAUGAGAGGGUGCGGAUGGGUCCUUCUUCCUCCCCCAUCCCCUCCCCAUCCCCUAGUCCCACCGACCCCAAGCGCUGUUUCUUCGGGGCAAGUCCUGGACGUCUGCACAUCUCGGACUUCAGCUUCCUAAUGGUUCUAGGAAAAGGCAGUUUUGGGAAGGUGAUGCUGGCUGAGCGCCGGGGCUCCGACGAACUCUACGCCAUCAAGAUCCUGAAGAAAGACGUGAUCGUCCAGGACGACGAUGUGGACUGCACCCUGGUGGAGAAACGCGUGCUGGCUCUGGGGGGCCGAGGCCCAGGAGGCCGGCCCCACUUCCUCACCCAGCUGCACUCCACCUUCCAGACCCCGGAUCGUCUGUAUUUUGUGAUGGAGUAUGUCACCGGGGGCGACUUGAUGUACCACAUUCAGCAGUUGGGCAAGUUUAAGGAGCCCCAUGCAGCGUUCUACGCAGCGGAAAUUGCCAUCGGCCUCUUCUUCCUGCACAAUCAGGGUAUCAUCUACAGGGACCUGAAACUGGACAAUGUGAUGCUGGACGCGGAAGGACACAUCAAAAUCACCGACUUCGGCAUGUGUAAGGAGAACAUCUUCCCUGGGACCACCACUCGCACCUUCUGUGGGACCCCAGACUACAUUGCCCCAGAGAUCAUUGCCUACCAGCCCUAUGGGAAAUCUGUCGACUGGUGGUCCUUUGGGGUUCUGCUGUAUGAGAUGUUGGCGGGUCAGCCCCCCUUUGAUGGAGAAGAUGAGGAGGAGCUGUUUCAGGCCAUCAUGGAACAAACGGUCACUUACCCUAAGUCGCUCUCCCGGGAAGCCGUGGCCAUCUGCAAGGGGUUCCUAACCAAGCACCCCGCUAAGCGCCUGGGUUCAGGGCCUGAUGGGGAACCCACCAUCCGCGCUCAUGGCUUUUUCCGCUGGAUCGACUGGGAGCGGCUGGAGCGGUUGGAGAUCCCACCUCCGUUCAGGCCUCGCCCGUGUGGCCGCAGCGGUGAGAACUUCGACAAGUUCUUCACGAGGGCGGCGCCCGCGCUGACCCCCCCAGACCGCCUAGUUCUGGCCAGCAUUGACCAGGCGGAUUUCCAAGGCUUCACCUACGUGAACCCGGAUUUCGUGCACCCGGAUGCUCGCAGCCCCAUCAGCCCGGCGCCUGUGCCAGUCAUGUAAUCCCAUCUGCCACCACUAGAUGUCCCCACGGCUCCCUCCACCGCGCCAGCCUGGGCUGUACUUCACCAUCUCCUUUCGACUUCUAGACCCUGCUCCCCAGCAUUCUGGCC